AGCUGAGCGUUAAACGUGUUUUCAGUCUAAUCUAACGCGCACCUGGCAGACAGGUGUGCGUUACAUGUACUGCGAUACUGCGUGUACUUUCUAACGUUAUAGACCUGCAGGCAGAGACACGCGGAAACACAGUGUUACCUGCAGCAGGUGCCGGCGGCCACGCCCACUACAGAUCACGUGCUGGUGUGCCAAUUUUUGCACACCUGGAUGAGCCGCUGUGGGUUAUGUGCUAACCGCGAAGUGAACCAGGUCGCUCUCCACCAGACUCCAUUCACAAAAGCUGGAUUUUUACGUCACAGAAGGGCGGAGCUUUGCGUCUGCAGCGGCCUCGACUGGUCCGUUAGUUUGUGUUACGGAGCGACUCUGAUGUUUUAGUGAGUUAGUUCGGAUCACAAGAAAACACUGAAACAGUAAAGUCACGCAAAGUUGAAUAGAAACUUCUUUUUUCUGUCAGGUGAAAAUCCGCGUUUUUGUCAGUGGACUCUGGUGUAAGAUCGGUUUCUUUGUUGGCCUCCCAAAAGCCAUAAACGUCAUCAUCUAGUCCCAAACGUCAUGGGAACAAUAGGUUAGCAGCUCGGACUGUCCUCCAGGACGAUGGCCAACCCACUCAGGUCUGAAGUGUUUCGACUGUACAAGAACCUCCUCUACCUCGGCCGGGAGUACCCCAAAGGUGGUGACUACUUCCGCGACCGUCUGAGAGCGGCGUUUGCCAGGAACAAGGCGGUGGAGGACCCCGAGCAAAUAAAGGCCCUGAUUGCUCGUGGCGAGUACGUGGCCCGGGAGCUGGAGGCGCUUUACUACCUGAGGAAGUACAGAGCGAUGAAGAAGCGCUACUACGAGGACUAAACGGCGACCGAACGGUGACGACACGAACAGCUCUGAGGUUUACGGAUCCAAUCCUGAGGUCACAUGACCACCGAGUGAAGCCUUUAAAUUAAAGUAUUCAAAACAAAAA